UAAUGCCCCUGCGGUGUUCAUGGACUUGAUGAACCGUGUUUUCCAUCCGUACCUGGACCGCUUUGUCAUCGUCUUCAUCGACGACAUCUUGGUGUAUUCCCGGGACAUAGAGGAGCAUAAAGAACAUUUGAGGAUAGUGCUAGAGACCCUUCGUCGGGAGAAGCUCUAUGCGAAAUUCUCGAAGUGUGAGUUUUGGCUGGAUAGGGUGGCUUUCUUACGCCACAUUUUCACGGCCCAUGGAAUUAAGGUAGACCCAGGGAAGAUUGAGGCCGUCAGCAAAUGGGAGAGACCGAAGAAUGCUUGUGACAUCCGCAGUUUUUUGGGACUGGCGGGAUAUUAUCGGCAUUUUAUCGAGGGUUUCUCGAAAGUGGCCCAACCGGUGACGAACUUAACCAAGAAGAAUGCCAAGUUUUUAUGGAGCCUGGAGUUGAAGAAGAGGCUCACGUCUGCGCCAGUGUUGACUAUAUCAGACCCGACCUUGAAGUUCACUAUUUAUAGCGAUGCUUCGAAGAUGGGUUUGGGCUGUGUGUUGAUGCAGCAGGGGAAGGUCGUGGCUUAUGCGUCGAGGCAGUUGAAGCCUCACGAGGUGAACUAUCCUACCCAUGACCUAGAGCUUGCAGCAGUGGUUCAUGCGCUUAAGAUCUGGAGGCACUAUCUCUACGGAGGCAAGUGCGAGAUCUUAACGGACCACAAGAGUUUGAAAUACAUCUUCGCACAGAAAGAGAUCAAUAUGAGACAGAGGCGCUGGCUAGAGCUCGUGAAGGACUAUGACUGCACAAUUAGCUACCAUCCGGGGAAGGCUAAUGUGGUCGCCGACGCGCUUAGUCGGAGAUACCACGGUGCACUGAACUUCAUGAUCUCUCGAGAGGAAGGGUUAGUUCGGGACUUCGAACGAUUGAGGAUAGAAAUUGUGGAGUCUACUCCGAGAGCUAGUGGUAUGCUAGCAUCAUUAGUUGUGGGGUCGACUUUACGAGAGAGAAUAAUCACCGAACAGCUGAACGACCGUUUCCUGUGCCGAAUGAAGGAGUUGGCUUUAGCUGGGCGGAUGGAGGUUUUGCGGUUUCAACCGACG